AUGCUGCCCGCGGGCUGCCGGUACGACCCGGCUGGACAGUUCGGCUUGGCGAACUUGACGUGCGAGAUGGCGCUGCGUGGCGCCGGCGACCGCGACAGCCGGCGACUGGUGAGCGACCUCGACGCGUUGGGCGUCGAACGGGGCGAGUCGGUCGGCGUGUCCCACACGUCGUUCUGGGCGAGCACGCUCGCCGAGCAGUUGCCCGCGGCGCUGUCGAUCAUCGCCGACAUCGCCCGUCGCCCGCUUAUGCCGGCCGACCAGAUCGAGGCGGGCCGACAGGUCUGCUUGCAAGAGCUGCACGGUAUCGAGGACGAGCCGAGCCAGAAACUGAUGCAGGAACUGCGUCGGCGCCACUACGGCGACCCCUGGGGCCGGGCGAGCAGCGGCGACGAGACCGCCGUCGCCGGCCUGUCGAUCGAGGACGUCCGCCGGUUCCAGGCGAGUCGGUACUCGCCGGACGGGGCGAUCCUCGCCGUCGCGGGAGCGUUCGACUGGGACGCCUUUUGCGACCAAGCGGAGAAGCUACUCGGCGACUGGUCGGCGCCCGAGGUCGAUGACAAUGCCACCGAGGCGCCCGGGUCGGGUGACGGCCACUUGCCGUACGACUCGUCUCAAUCGCACAUCGGCAUCGCCUAUCCGUCAGUCCCUUACAGCCACGACGACUACUUCCAGGCCUGGGCGGCCAACGGCGUGCUCUCCAGCGGCAUGAGCUCGCGGCUGUUCACCGAGGUGCGCGAGAAGCGCGGGCUGUGCUACACCGUCUACGCGUCGCUGCAGACGCAAGUCGAUCGCGCGGCCGUCUUCUGUUACGCCGGCACGACGGCCGAGCGAGCGCAGGAGACGCUCGACGUCACCCACGCCGAGCUGGUGCGCCUCGCCGAUGGCGUUCAGGUGGAGGAACUCUCCCGGCUCAAGGCACGCAUCAAGAGCGCGUUGAUCCUGCAGCAAGAGUCGACACACGCCCGCGCCGGAACGCUCGCUCGCGACUGGCGCCACCUGGGCCGCAUCCGCCCGCUCGCCGAAGUCAACGAGCUAGUCGAAGCGAUCACCGCCGACACGAUCAACGAGUACCUCCGGCAGAACCCGCCAGGAACCGCCGAUGCACGCCGAUUGACGCAGAUGGAGUUGCGAGGCUUCGCCUCGCGAGUCGUCAUCCCCGUUGAUCACCGUGCAUCGGCGGUUUCAACCAUUAUGCAGUUUAGAAGCCACAAGCUGUCGAACGGGCUCGAAGUGAUCGCCGAGUGCGACCCCUCGGCGUUGUCGCUAGGCGUCGGCUUCUUCGUGCGAACCGGCGCGCGAGACGAGACGCCCGACGAGGCCGGCGUCAGCCACUUCCUCGAGCACAUGGUGUUCAAGGGCACCGCCCGCCGGACGGCCGAGGACGUGAACCGCGAGUUCGACGAACUCGGGGCCCACUACAACGCCUUCACCAGCGAGGAGCAGACCGUCUACUACGCGUCGCUCCUCCCCGAGCACCAGGCCGAGUCGGUCGACCUGCUGGCGGACAUCCUCCGGCCGAGCCUCCGCACGGAGGACUUCGACAUGGAGAAGAAGGUCAUCCUCGAAGAGAUCGAGAUGUACCUCGACCAGCCGCCCUACGGCAUGGAAGACCACAUCAAGCGGCUCACCUUCGGCGACCACCCGAUCGCCAACAGCGUGCUCGGCACGGCCGACUCGGUCGGCGCGCUGACGCCCGAGGCGAUGCGGGCGUACUUCGACCGUCGCUACGCGCCGGGCAACGUGGUGCUCGCGGCGUCGGGGCGCGUCGAUUUCGACGCCCUCGUGCGUCAGGCCGAAGAGGCGUGCGGCGGCUGGUCGACGUGCGAGACGAGCCGCCCGCAACCGGCGACCGAUCGACUGGCGACCCGUGAGGUCGUCGUCAAGGACUCGGCGACGCAGGAGUACGCCCUCGUCUUGAGCGACGGACCCGCGGGCGAGUCGGAAGAUCGCUACGCCGCAAAGGUGCUCGCCACGGUGCUGGGCGACGACAGCGGCAGCCGCAUGUACUGGCGCCUGAUCGACCCCGGCCGGGCGGAGAGCGCGAGCCUCGGUCAUUACGACUACCAAGGCGUCGGCAUGUUCUACACCUGGCUCAGUUGCGAGCCCGACGCGAUCGAGGAGAACCUGGGCGCAGUCGAAGAGAUCCUGAAGUCCGCCGCCACCGAGCCCGCCACCGCCGAAGAGCUCGCGCAGGCGAAGAGCAAAAUCAAGUCGCGCGUCGUGCUCGGCAGCGAGCGGCCGCGCAACCGGUUGUUUAACGUCGGCGGCGGCUGGCUCAUGCGCGGCGACUACCGACCGAUCGCCGACGAACUCGCGCGGCUCGACGCCGUGACGCAAGAUGACCUCGCCCGCGUCGUCGCGGCGAAGACGCCGAUGCUAGUUGACCGGCUUCGCGAAGAGGUGCGACUCGACCCCGAACGAGUCGGCGUCGUCGUUGUCGACCACGGCUCGCGACGCGCGGAGAGUAACGAGCUGCUGAACGAGGUCGCCGCCCUUUUCCAGCGCGUGUCGGGCAUGCCGAUCGUCGAGCCGGCCCACAUGGAGCUGGCCGAGCCGUCGAUCGCGGCGGCGUUCACGAAGUGCGUCGAUCGCGGCGCCGAGACGGUCGUCGUCUUCCCGUACUUCCUCUCCCCGGGCCGUCACUGGUCGCAAGACAUCCCCAAGCUGGCGGCGGAAGCCGCCACUCGACACCCGGACAUCCGCUACCAAGUCACGUCCCCGCUGGGCCUGCACGAGCUGAUGGCCGAGGUCAUGGGCGAGCGGAUCGCUCAGUGCUUGCAUCGCUCGCUGCACGACGGAGAGCCGUGCGACCUCUGCGCCCCGUCGGGCGGAUGCGUCAUGCACGACGCGAGCCGAUCGGGUUAG